UAAAAUCUAGAGAGAGAAAGACACAACACCUUCAACUCAGCCUCAGAGAAAGUGAUUGAUUUUUUAUUUUAUUUUUAAUUUUAUCUUUUUUCCUUUUCCCCUUUGGGGUUACGAGGGUGUGUUUUUGUUGUGCCUUUGAGAUUGUCUCCGUUCCCGUUUCAUUCUUCGACCGCUUCUUUUCUUUUCUUUUCUCUGAGUUUCAACUUUCAACACAGGAGAGAGAGAGAGAGAGAGAGAAAACCUAGACUCUUUGCUGGUUGCUGUUUCUGAAAAUUUGCUUGUUGUGGAUUUUUGUCUUCCAAUUGAAUAAUUGUUUGAGCUGAGGCUUUUCAAUUGCGAACAUUGAGUUUAUUUGUUGGUUGGUUGCGCGUGUUAUCGAAGGAAGCGAGUUCGUUUGAGGCGUUUUGAUUCCGCGAAACGAAUCGAAAUGUUGGUUCGGAAUGCGAUUUUGCUUCAAUUCUAGCUCCGAUCUUUCGAUAUUGCUCGAAUCUUAGGGUUGAAGCAAUGGAUGUCGAUUCCUCGAUGGUGCCGGAGGCCGAUCACGAUCCGACCACACAGAACCACGCCGCCUCUGCUCCGGCGCCGGUUCCGACAGAGGGAGAGCAGCUGGCGGAGCCGCCGUCGUGCGGUGGCGGAUCUCCGACGCAGCCGCCGGUGCAGCAACAGCAGGCGUCUGCUCCGGUGCAGCAGAGUCCGGUGGUUGGGCCCAGGCUGGCGCCAACAUACACUGUGGUGAAUGCAAUUUUGGAGAAGAAAGAGGACGGCCCGGGGCCGAGGUGUGGCCACACGUUGACGGCGGUGGCGGCUGUUGGAGAGGAGGGGACGCCUGGGUACAUUGGUCCGAGGCUGAUAUUGUUCGGUGGUGCCACUGCUCUUGAAGGCAAUUCUGCGGCUUCAGGGACUCCUUCGUCUGCUGGAAAUGCUGGCAUACGUUUAGCGGGUGCCACAGCUGAUGUUCACUGUUAUGAUGUCUUGACUAAUAAAUGGUCUAGGAUAACUCCCUUUGGAGAACCUCCAACUCCAAGAGCUGCUCAUGUGGCAACUGCUGUGGGAACUAUGGUGGUUAUUCAGGGUGGCAUUGGUCCUGCUGGUUUGUCAGCAGAGGACCUUCAUGUUCUUGAUCUCACUCAGCAAUGGCCACGCUGGCAUAGAGUGUCUGUUCAGGGCCCUGGACCUGGGCCACGCUAUGGACAUGUAAUGGCUUUGGUGGGGCAGAGGUAUCUAAUGGCAAUUGGAGGCAAUGAUGGAAAGAGGCCUUUGGCGGAUGUAUGGGCCUUGGACACAGCUGCUAAGCCUUAUGAAUGGCGAAAGUUAGAACCAGAAGGAGAGGGACCACCUCCAUGCAUGUAUGCAACUGCAAGUGCACGCUCCGAUGGGCUUCUUCUACUUUGUGGAGGGAGAGAUGCUAAUAGUGUUCCAUUGGCAAGUGCAUAUGGACUUGCUAAACAUAGAGAUGGUCGUUGGGAAUGGGCAAUUGCCCCAGGUGUCUCACCAUCACCCAGAUAUCAGCAUGCAGCGGUGUUUGUUAAUGCAAGGCUCCAUGUGUCUGGUGGGGCACUUGGUGGAGGACGGAUGGUUGAAGACUCAUCGAGUGUUGCAGUAUUGGACACUGCUGCCGGUGUUUGGUGUGAUACAAAAUCUGUUGUUACCAGUCCAAGAACUGGUAGAUACAGUGCUGAUGCUGCAGGAGGAGAUGCUGCAGUUGAGUUGACUAGGCGUUGUAGGCAUGCAGCUGCUGCUGUUGGUGACCUAAUUUUUAUUUAUGGUGGUUUACGGGGGGGAGUCUUGUUGGACGACCUACUUGUUGCUGAAGAUCUUGCUGCUGCUGAAACAACAGCUGCUGCUUCACAUGCUGCUGCAGCAGCUGCUGCAUCGAAUGUACAAGCAGGACGCUUACCUGGACGAUAUGGAUUUGUUGAUGAUACCACGAGGCAAACAAUGCCUGAAGCAGCUGCUGAUGGGUCUGUUGUUUUGGGAAAUCCAGUUGCACCCCCAAUGAAUGGAGACAUCUAUACUGAUAUCAGCACUGAAAAUGCCAUGCUUCAGGGACCUCGGAGAACUGCCAAAGGAGUCGAGUAUCUGGUUGAAGCAUCUGCUGCAGAAGCUGAAGCUAUCAGUGCUGCACUAGCUGCUGCCAAGGCACGACAAGAAAAUGGAGAAGUUGAAUUACCUGACAGAGACCGUGGGGCUGAGGCUACCCCAAGCGGGAAACAAACAUCUUCCUUGAUUAAACCCGAUUCUGCAGGCUCAAAUAACAUCACUCCUGGUGGUGUUAGGCUGCAUCAUAGAGCUGUGGUUGUUGCUGCAGAGACUGGUGGAGCAUUAGGUGGCAUGGUUAGACAGCUUUCAAUAGAUCAAUUUGAAAAUGAAGGCAGGCGGGUCAGUUAUGGGACUCCAGAAAAUGCAACUGCUGCCAGGAAAUUAUUAGAUCGGCAAAUGUCUAUCAAUAGUGUGCCGAAAAAGGUCAUUGCACACCUCUUAAAACCUCGUGGAUGGAAACCACCAGUACGCCGGCAAUUUUUCUUAGAUUGUAAUGAAAUUGCUGAUCUUUGUGAUAGUGCUGAGCGGAUAUUUUCAAGUGAACCAAGUGUCUUACAACUUAGGGCACCAAUUAAAAUAUUUGGUGAUCUACAUGGACAGUUUGGUGAUCUCAUGCGUCUUUUUGAUGAGUAUGGUGCACCAUCAACUGCUGGUGACAUUGCAUAUAUCGAUUAUCUAUUCCUAGGAGAUUAUGUUGAUCGGGGACAGCACAGCUUAGAAACUAUCACCCUUCUUCUUGCUCUGAAGGUUGAGUAUCCCAACAAUGUGCAUUUAAUACGUGGAAACCAUGAAGCUGCCGAUAUCAAUGCCCUUUUUGGUUUCCGAAUUGAGUGCAUUGAGAGGAUGGGUGAGAGAGAUGGAAUUUGGACAUGGCAUCGGAUAAACAGGCUGUUUAAUUGGCUUCCUCUAGCAGCGCUAAUUGAGAAAAAAAUUAUUUGCAUGCAUGGAGGUAUUGGCCGUUCGAUAAAUCAUGUGGAACAGAUUGAAAACAUUCAGCGUCCAAUACCAAUGGAAGCAGGAUCAAUUGUGCUUAUGGAUCUAUUGUGGUCUGAUCCUACAGAGAAUGACAGUGUGGAAGGACUGCGACCCAAUGCUAGAGGUCCUGGAUUAGUUACUUUUGGGCCUGACCGGGUCAUGGAAUUUUGCAACAACAAUGAUCUUCAGCUGAUCGUUCGUGCACAUGAAUGCGUGAUGGAUGGGUUUGAGCGUUUUGCCCAGGGACAUCUGAUCACACUCUUCUCGGCUACAAAUUACUGUGGUACGGCAAAUAAUGCUGGAGCAAUAUUAGUUUUGGGUAGAGACCUUGUAGUGGUUCCUAAACUAAUUCAUCCAUUACCACCUGCAAUUUCUUCACCAGAAACAUCACCUGAACGUCAUAUUGAAGAUACAUGGAUGCAGGAGUUGAAUGCUAAUAGACCACCAACACCAACUAGAGGCCGUCCUCCAGUAACGAACGACCGAGGUUCACUCGCUUGGAUAUAGUGAUCAUUAAGAAUGUCCGUAAUAUUUAUGCCUCACUGGCUCGUGCUAUCAGCCUUGUUUUUAGUGUUGUGUAUAUAGCAUGAUGCCAUUUACGGGAAUCUCCGAACCUGUGAUCUUAAUCCCUGCAGAAAGCUUGGCUUUCUUAGUUUUGGUUCUCGCCACUUAAUCAGCAGGCCUUGAUAAGAUACAAGUUCGACAUGCAAGGUUGGUAGCCACUGCUAGGUUUACUUUGACCAAGCUAGAAGUUGCAAAUCGGGUUCGCCCACCAGUUGUAAAUUGAGCAUAGGUUACGAAGUCAACGUUAUGGUUCUGUCGUGAAAGCUAUUUUUGUCAUCAAUUCUUACAUAUUUUUCACUUUGCCUUUAGGCUAUUGUUGGGAUUUUGUUAAUCAAGAGGACAGUAGGGUUUUUCUAAAUGUGAUGGUGAGAUAUAUAAAUCAGAAAUCUUGGAAGUCCUUGUAUUAUAGGUGUUGCCCGGUAAUUUUCAUCUUUGUACAAUUAAUUUUUGUGUGGAUCAAUAUUCUCUGACGAAGAAUAUGUGAAUUUUGAUAAUAGAUUUUGUAUUUUGCGUUGUGCUGCAAAUGGCUUGCGGGAUUGAAU